UCACAGGUGACGUCUGUAUGAGUGAGGAGGGAUGUAAAAGAAAAUCAAACAGAGAGCCCAUGAGAAUGAGAGUGACUAGUCCGGCGGGCACAACAACAAACUGUACAACACGUGAAAUAGUCAGUCAGUAAUUUUCUUCUCUCACGAAGUGCGAAUGAAUUUUCACUCUCCAUAUGGUGGAAGAGAAAAACCGAUUGGGAAAAUUUGGAAAACCAAACCACUCGGUUGAUCCCGUGCUAGGCAUUCAGUCUGUUUUUAGCUUUCGGCGAACCGUGUGUGUCGGCUUCUCCCUGCGCGCAAUCCACAGAGGCCACAGAUUGUGUACUAAAGUUAUUGAAUAUCUGAUAAUUAGUCGUUGUACCCUUGAAAUAAAAUUUCUGCCAAGGCAUAAUAAAACUAUACGAUGCACAUAUGAAAUCAAAGAAAUUAAGUGUUUUCAUUACUGCCCUAAGCGCGCAUUUUAUAAGUCAGACUCGAUAGUGCACGUGAUUGUUUCCCUGAAAACCUUGUACAUAACUCGGAGUUAAACUUAACCAUAGCACAGCGAAAUAAAAAGUGGGUGGAUCGUGCAAGUGAAGCAAUUGGUUAGUUCCAAAGAAAAGUGCCGGGAUUUAAUCCUGCAAAAAUCUUGAAAACUGAAAACCAAAUUCUCGUCCAGCUGUCACAAUAUGUUCAAAAAUAUCUUCCUACUAAAGAAGGAGAUGAAAGCAAGCGCCACUGUGGUCUCUAAGUACACCGAGAUAUGUGGUUAAAUCUCUUCUAGCCGGUAACUUUUUACCGCAGGCGUAUAGAAGCAAGAAAACGAAUCUCUGGCAAGAUAGAUUCUAUCCAGAGUUGCGAAAAAUUUUCUUGUUGUAGUGAAAAACGAAAAACAUACUUGUUUGAUGAAUUCUGGGCCGCUGUCGAGAGGAUGCAGUAAAAGGUUGGCCAAUUCCUCCGCCAGAGUGUCUAUAUGAGUGCGUGUCUGUACAUCGACAAGAGGCGAGUAAAAUUUUACGAUCAUCCGUGACCAGCCUCAAGUGGGGCGUGUGGUGUGUGAGUGUAAUAUAUUCCAUGGAUUCAGUCUCUCUAGAGCUUGUCGGUAUGGACAACAACAACAGGGCGAAUAAUUAAUUGCUAUCCGGUGCCCCAUGCCGCAAGCAUAGUUCUGUGAUUUAACGUCUGAAAAACAGUAAGCGCAAGUUCCCAUCGUCCAGCAGGUGACAUCUAUUUUCGUGUGCAGUUACAGCUGGGAUCGAAAAGUGCAUACCAACCAUCCUUGCUAAUCUCUCCAACUCUCUCCCUCUCUCUUGUCGAACCAAAAGUGUAGAAAGUGAGCGACGGGAGCAGCGAAGGAAAAUGUCAUAAAGAAAAUGUGUGGAAAUGUAUUUUCCGUCGGUGAAUCGUUCGAAAGAGAGAGAGGAAAGAGUAGCAGCAAAGGAAAAUUCUACUGCAAAUGUCACUACAUCGUCAUUUUUACAUAGUUUAUUAAAACCGACUUGCAAUUCAUGGUGUUCCUAAUUGAAGAUAAACAGCCUCUAGAAUGAAACAAGCUGACCCAUAACUCAGCCGGCUCUUGAUCUAGCAACCAAUUACAACAGUCAGAAAAAAGUGAAAAUUUAUAUAGCGAGGUAAAAGGUGUUUACACUCUAAGAUCAAGAAUAGCCCAUAGUAAAAACCUAUAUAUUAAAUAUUUACGCGUGCGAAUUUGUGUUCAUCUGUGUUUUCGACGCUUGAAUCAUAAAAAUUUGGCCCCCACUAUUCACCCGUCAAGAAAGAAAAAUAGAAAUACGAAUCGUUUCCUAGUGUGUGCUAUCGUCCAAAUGAAAGCGGAAAGUGCUCGGAGUGAGAACGGUCAUUCGACUCAACUGUAACAGUGCUGUAGAAGGAAUUUAUGAUAAUUACUUUGUUCGGUAAAAUCUGAAACUAACUCAAGACACAAAUUACAAGCUUCAAAGUGAAUGUAAAACAUUUGACGAGUGAGAAAAAUUCACUUCAAAUGUAUUGCCAAGCUUACUAACGAAAACUGUGUAAUUAAACGAGCGUAAAAAGUUCAAGACAAAAGAGAAGUUUAAGUGUGAAAUAAAUGUAAGAAAAUACAUUCACUGAAGUGACACGGAACCUAUUGUGCAAAAGUGAGUGCUGGAUCGCGUGCGAACUGGACCUGCCAAAAGUGCGGAAGCAAAUCUUUGGAAAAUACCAAAGCUUCUGCCCCGGACCGCGUUUGCCCGGGAUCGAUUAAAUGACUUGAUAUAGUAGUAGCCGCACCCUGUACCUCAAGUGCGUCUUCCGGCCCAGAAAACCUAACAUCAAGCCGUUGCACUGAGCCGAACAAACCAACCUUCAUUCACCGCAGUCAGUAGUGCCAUCCUGCGUUUCAAGUUAGAUGCUUAUAGACACCGAUUUAGUCUUUUUUAGUGAACAGCUCCGAAAGCCUGUGUCCACGCUGUCGAUUCCUGGAUCGAUGAAAACACCGUGCGCCGGAAAUCGAGAAACAGUAUCGGCUGCAUGCACAGAAGAAGCCGGUAUCGCGCUCGUGGGCGUACACUCAGAGUAUCCCAGGUACAUGGAGGAGCGAGGCCUGGGUGGCGGCGUCUGUAAAGGUCCCGGCACGGUGCAAGGCGGUCCAGGUCAAAAGCACAAACCGAAUGUAGGAUACCGACUCGGACGACGGAAAGCGCUGUUCGAGAAGCGUAAACGAAUCAGUGAUUACGCCCUCGUCAUGGGUAUGUUCGGCAUAAUUGUGAUGGUGAUAGAAAAUGAAUUAAGUAGCGCUGGUGUAUAUACUAAGGCAUCUUUUUAUUCAACUGCUUUAAAAACGUUAAUAUCCGUAUCGACUGUGAUUUUACUCGGGCUUAUUGUAGCCUACCACGCCUUGGAAGUUCAGCUUUUUAUGAUAGAUAAUUGUGCGGAUGACUGGCGAAUAGCGAUGACCUGGCAGCGAAUGAGCCAAAUAGCUUUAGAAUUACUCAUCUGUGCGGUGCAUCCCAUUCCAGGUCAAUAUUAUUUUCUAUGGACAACUAAGCUAGCGAAUAAGAAUAAGGCCAUGGGAGCGGAACUCGUCCCAUACGACGUCGCGUUAUCUUUGCCAAUGUUCCUUCGUUUGUACCUGAUAUGUCGUGUGAUGCUGUUACAUUCAAAACUAUUUACCGAUGCCUCAUCACGUAGUAUAGGUGCACUGAAUCGUAUCAAUUUUAACACGCGAUUUGUGCUGAAAACACUAAUGACAAUAUGCCCGGGAACGGUCCUACUAGUAUUCAUGGUUUCAUUAUGGAUAAUAGCAUCGUGGACGCUUCGGCAGUGCGAGAGGUUUCAUGAUGAAGAACAUGCCAAUCUAUUGAACGCCAUGUGGUUAAUCGCGAUAACCUUUCUAAGCGUUGGUUUUGGCGAUAUCGUGCCGAACACGUACUGCGGUCGGGGCAUCGCAGUCAGUACGGGUAUUAUGGGAGCUGGCUGUACGGCCCUGCUAGUGGCAGUCGUAUCGAGAAAACUAGAGUUGACGCGAGCGGAAAAGCAUGUGCACAACUUCAUGAUGGACACCCAGCUGACAAAGAGGCUAAAAAAUGCGGCAGCUAACGUACUGCGGGAAACCUGGCUGAUAUACAAGCACACACGUCUGGUGAAACGUGUUAAUCCUGGCCGGGUGCGGACGCAUCAGCGGAAGUUCCUGUUGGCAAUAUAUGCGUUACGUAAGGUAAAAAUGGACCAACGAAAACUGAUGGAUAACGCCAACACUAUAACAGACAUGGCAAAGACUCAAAACACUGUGUAUGAGAUAGUUUCUGAUAUGUCGACUCGUCAAGAUACGUUGGAAGAACGAAUUAACAGCCUAGAGGAUAAGUUACAAGCUAUUCAGACACAAAUCGAAAAUCUUCCGGAAGUUUUGACGCGCUGCCUAACCCAGCACCAGGAGCGCAUGGAUCAGAGGAGAAACUUCCUACAUCCGGACGCGGCAGUAACGGGUUCAUCGUCCGGUUUGCCCACCCCGGCUCCGCCACUGGGUUCCCCAAUGAUGCUGCCGCACUCCAGUUUCUCUUUUAGGAGUGUACCGUCGUCGUCGACACCAGCCUAUCCUUGGCCAGCAAGUCCCAUUCUCCCACCAAUCUCUAGUAGAACGCCACACCUGGUCCCGGAAACGCUCAUUCCCGCACCAGCGACGACGGCUUCAUCGACCCUGUUGCAUUCCAUCGCCAACCAGUCGUCUGCGACCGCGGACAUGCAAACGGCCACGCACAAGUCAACUAGCUGAAUCGAACCCAGUAGUUUGAAUUCUAUCUCCCUAAUUUCAUUUUCCAACAACUCGAAUUCCAAUAUCUCCAACGUCAUCAACACCCCCACAUCGACGUCUAGUAUUAGCAAAUUCACCAAACAGCGGGAACGAGCGACGCGUUUCUAGCUCCUAGCGCAAAACGACGAUGCCACACAUUGGGCCACAAAUUGACAAAAUUGGCAUGACCGAUUCCGCCAGACGAGAAUACUAUACUGACCGAAUAGUGUCUACCUUUGAUAGCGGCCCACUGACGAAUAUCCGGUGAGGCCAAGGCGGCUAUCAAGUGAACGUGCAUCGAUGCUGCGUGCUAUAACUUUGUACAGAUCUACGAUAUACCAAACUACACGAAUAUAAUAAUGAGAAUGACAGUGAAAAAAGCGAUUAUGAUGAUGAUGACGAUGAUUAGUAAGCGUGAAUAGAAUGGAUGGUUUAGAUGAAAUUGUUAAAAAGACUAUUUAGCGAUUAAUGGUUAUAAUUAAAAUUUACCGAUAAGGGAAAUCCGAUAGCAUAGCCGUCACACCAUGGAUAGGGGCAAACACCAGCUUAAAAAAAAACAGACAUAUAGUUAAGCGUCCCCCAGCUGACAGUAAUGGGGAGUUGUAAACGUAGAAACUCUUUCAUUGUAGUGUAGCGUGAAUUACAAUUAUUCUGUUCAAAGCAAAGUAGGGGAAAAUUCGUUCUAAUAAGCGCCUGUAGUAAACGUAGUAAUUUUGUUUAAAAUUUUUAGCCGUUGAUUUGAUACUGACGAGUUUUUAGCACAACCCCAAAAAAAGAGUUUGGGACACUUUUCCACAAAAUAAGUACUCUGUAUUACUCUGUAUUUAUUGAGAUCAAUUGCAACACGCAGAAGCACUUAUUUUUGAAAGAAAUGAAUGAGUGUAACAUAAGAAUGAGUCGACAAAAGACAUAGUAAUACGAAACUCCGAAUCUAACAACAGCAAAAAUCGAGGAAGUAGAAGCUAUUUAAUGAAGAAAACUGCUGAAAAAUGGAUUACAAGGCAAUUGGCAUGCGAGUUGAUGCUUUUUAUCACUACUUUCCCGUUAUCGAAUUAUUAGUUCGUGUUGCAAAACAGCACGUGAACCCGUUACAGAUUUAAAGUUUAAACUUCAAAUUUUUUUCCGUGGCAAUUAUUUCUCACAAAACAUACUAUUUAUUGCUUCACUGCUUGAAUUCAGCCAGUUUGGUUCGCCGCUAAGUGCAAGUUUUUCUUGGCGAAUGCGAAUCGAGACGAGAAGAUGUUUUGCAAUUCAAAUUUUUUGUUCUUACAGCAAGCCCCGGACUAACUCUAACACAGAGGGAGAGGAGACAUUGGUUUAACAUUCGAGAAUUUACUAAUUAGAGACGUGCAGUCUAUAGCAUGAGUCAUUUCGAGCAAUAAUAUUUUUCAAUACAAAGCAUAAACGAUUGCCUACCGUUUAACGAAACCGCCGGACUCCCAGGUUUGAUGACCAUACCCCCAUUUAAUGGGAUUCAAUGUAGUUGAUACAACUAGAACAUUCAGUUUGCCGGAUACUAUGGGCCGACUAAACUGGUAUCUAUCUGGAGGACGUUGGGUGAGUAAAUUAAUGAAAUAGCAACUGCACUACAGAGGCGUUGCCACAGUAGUGUUACACCCAACGACCACUUACCUUAAUACUGCCAAUCGCAAAAUUCAAAAAAAUUUUAUCGACCCACGUCAAAUUCACGACAGGAGAAUCAUAACUGAUUAUUCUAUAUGUUUUGGACGUCGAUAGGCCUUUGAUAAAUAAAUAAUCGGAUGACCAUGCGACCUCAUUGAAUCACACACAAUAGAGUACUGUAUCCGAAUUCCCACUAACGAUGGUGGCAGAUAGUGGACUUAAUGGAUUAGGCACUUUGUGGAAGUGGAGUUACUACCAAUAGCAAUAACGUAGCGAAAAUCGUAACAUCAUAAAGUAACGCGGCAACCUCUACAAACUUCAUCUUCUGUUUUUCAAACUUCAUCUUGAUAAUACACGAACCAAAUUAUUGUUAAUUGAAAUUGCUAUUGCAAUAUUGAUUUGUAACUGCACUUCUGAAAAAUGCCUUAAUGAACUGCGUUCUCAGUUCGCCAUUAUCGUUUGUGGUUAUUUUAGUUUAUUAGAGUUUGAACAUCCCUAUGACAAUUUACACAUUUGCAGGAAUCUAACCAUUUUUCAAUCGUGCAAUUGGCUUAUUGCGUACUAACAUGUAGGCCAGCAUAAUUCAUCUUGUGUAUACAUUAAUAACUUUCCAGUUUGGUCUUAUAACCUUUGCCUUUUGCCCAAAUGCUACAUAUACGAGCCUUUUGAAGAAUGCGUGAUUCGUAGUGUUUGAUAAACCAUGCACUUUCCGGACAAUUGCUUAUUUCUGCUUUAGCUUUUGUCUUUGGUUUCAACGUUUCAAUACAAAACAUACAGAGGAUGAAAGUUUGUAAGAAAUAAACUGACUCAGACAUCAAACCUCAGUAAAUAGAAGUUAAAAUUGUAGCAAUUAUGUAAAAUUUCUAGGUGCAUUACAGAGAGUUUUCUACGCUUCCAAUGGUUUACGAUAUUCUUUAAAAACUUAAACAAAAAAUCUUCAUGAAAAAACUCAAAAUUAAAAUUUCAAAACUCGAUUUCAAUUGUUCACAUUCUGUGAGCAAUUCCAUUUCCUUGUCUGUUUUCCGACUUGGUUACUUUGUUGGCCGACGGUCUAGGGCCGAACUAAUUAUAGAUGUCUGUCUUGGGCAGCCGUUCUCCAGUCUCCUCGUACACCAACAGAUCGUGCAUUCUCUUCCACCGAACACAUCCACCGAGUGCUACGCCUACCACGGAGUCGACGGUCUCUUCUCGGUUUUCUGCUGAAGAAAAAACUCCGAGCACUCGUCAAUCAGCGUCCAUGCUUCAUGUCCGUAAGGGCCACCGGCAGGAUCAGCGUCCUAUACAGCGCUAGUUUUGUGUGAAUUCACAAACUACGGGACCUUAGCUGGUUACAUAGUCUGUGUAAAGCCCUGUUCGCAGCUGCAACUCGUUGUUCCGGAAUUCCCACGAUCCCUGCCAACUACCACGUUAUUAUAAUCGCAGGGAUUGGCCAAAUCACAAGAAUCAAUAAAAGCGUCCCACACGUGCUAGUUUAUAACAACGAAUGACAUUUAUUUUGCCUUUUCUCUUCACUAAGCAUAGAGUUGGUUAUGGUAUAGAUUGGUAAUCAUAAGGUGGUUCAUCAGGGGUAUGGCAAAUCAUGACAGUUCUUCCCCCUGGGAGAGAAUUCUGCUUAAUUUACUAGAGUAAGUAAGUUAGUCACAACUUUAUAGAUUCAGCCUACGCGGAGGUCGCCGCUCGCGGAUCGAUCGACGAACACUAUCGGGAGCAAUUUCGACAUUUGUUUUGGGUUGGGCGUUCCGUUUGCCGUUUGAGUCUAAACCUGCUUCAGCAGUCCCCCCUAUAGUACUGCAAGGUGUUGUUGGUCCACAGCGUCCAAAGUCUCUUGUAGAAUAAGCGUCUUCGUCGAAGUCGUCAGAAACUAUAGUUGAAUCUGUGUCAAGUUCUGUUUUCGGUUGCGCAGUUUGAUUCGCGGGUCCUGGUUUCAGCUGGUCAAUAUGUCGUUUCCACAUUCUUCCGUCAUCUAAUUCGAUCAUGUAAUGGAGUCUUCCUAUCUUUCCGGCAACCUUACCAAACCGCCAUUUCUCGGAAAUCGAUAAGAAAUCUCGAGCAGCUACUCUAUCAUUGAUUGUGAACGAGCGCACCGCUUCCUCUCCCCCUCGGAGAUAGUUUGGUUUAUCCCCUCUCGGUAUCAUUAGAUCAAUCCUCGACUUGAGCUACCUUCCGAACACUAACAUUGAAGGACUUUUUCCUGUAGAAGGAUGCACCGUUCUUCGAUAUGCCAUUAGUAUUUUUUGUAGCUCAACAUGAAUCUCGGAACGUGGACACUUUAAUGCCUUGAUUUUAUCCUUGAACGUUUGGACAUAACGUUCCGCUUGCCCAUUCGUAGCAGGGUGGUAUGGGGCUCCCAUUUUAUGUACUAUCUCGUUCUUCUUUAGGAAGUUUUGAAAGCAUUCCGAUGUGAACUGAGUACCUCGAUCAGUUACCAAGACCGACGGAAGUCCAAAAGUGGCGAAAUAUUCCCUCAUUCUUUCGAUGGUUGUCUCCGUGGUCAUAUCCGGUAUAAUCUUCACUUCAGGCCAUUUACUAUGUGCGUCAACUAUAAUUAAGAAGUUCAGCCCCAUGAAUGGUCCAGCGAAGUCUGCAUGAAUUCUUUGAAAUGGUUCUGAAGGUCGUUCCCAACAGUGUACCGCGACCUUACGAGGGUUUGCUCUAACACGAGCACAAGCUGUACAGUUUCGAGUUGUUUCCUCAAUAUGCUUGUCAAUAUUUUCCCACCAACAAUACGAUCUCGCGAGAGAUUUCAUACGUGAAACACCGAAAUGACCACAAUGCAGCUCUUUCAAAACACGGUCGCGCAACGGAAAAGGAAUAUAAACCCGGAUACCUCUCAUUAAGCAUUCGCCAUGCAUACUGAACUCGUUCUGAUCAAUGCCGAAUCUUAAACGACCUUCAACGGCUCUUCCAGUUUUCAGUCCUUGAAUCAGUUCCCUUACACUCUUGUCUCUGCUUGUUAACUCUCCAAGCUCUUGCGCGUUCACUGGAAGUGUUUCAAUCUGAUUGAUUUGCACAAUGUCGACUUCCUCCACUUGGUGGCGAUUACUUCGGUCGGUAACAGGUAAGCGUGACAUCCCGUCAGCAUUUCCAUGAUUCUUCGAAGCACGGUAGCGAAUUUCGAAAUCGAAAGACUCAAGAAACACGGCAUAGUGUUGCAUACGCCGCGCAGAAAGUGUUGGUAGUCCUUUAUUUGGCGAAAAGAUCUGUACAACAGGUUUGUUAUCCGUUACCAAGAUAAACUUCCGUCCGAAAAGGUACUGGUGGAAUUUUUUAACACCAAAAAUAAUUGCAUAUGCUUCCUUAUCUACCUGGCUGUAGUUUUGUUGAGUAGUAUUCAGUGUCUGUGAAGCGUAUUGAAUUGGUCGCUCACCGCCAUCCGGGUAAAUGUGGCUCAAUACCGCUCCAACUCCGUAUGGCGAUGCGUCAGUGGCUAACAUCAGCGGUAAAUUAACGUCGUAGUGGACUAGCACGCGAUCCCAUUGCAUCUCAACCUUAACCCAUAAGAAAGCUUGUUCACAAUCAUCGGUCCACACAAAUGGCGUUUUGUCCUUCAGUAGAUUGAUUAAUGGAUACAGCUUCGUACUCAAGUUCUUCAUGAAUCUAGCGUAGUCCUAAGAAUGCACGAACUUGUUCCCGAUUUUGCGGACGUGGCAUCUUCUGUAAUGCUUCUACCUUUGGUUGCAUCUUGUGUACUCCAUGGCGAUCAAUGGUGUAUCCACAAUAUUCGAUACUGUCAGCAAAGAACUCACAUUUGGUUACAUUCACACGCAUGUUGUGUUCAUGGAAUCUUUCCAAGACUUCCCGCAAACGACACAGAUGGACUUCGUCGUUUGGACCAGUAAUUUUGACAUCAUCCAGGAAUACCGUCACACCAGGUAUUCCUUGAAGAAUUUGUGAAAUUUCUCGCUGAAAAAUGGCAGGUGCGGAAGCAACCCCGUACAUCAACCUAGUCGGUUGGUACAGGCCAAGAUGGGUAUUUAAUGUCAGCAUUGGUUGAUCGUCUGACCGAACUGUCAUUUGUAAGUAAGCUUGUGCUAAGUCCAGUUUGGUAAAUUUGUCACCACCAGCCAUGUUUGAAAACAUUUCGUUUAUUGUAGGUAGAGGAUGCUCAUCUACUAGCAAAAACUUAUUCACCGUCAGUUUAUAGUCGCCACAUAAGCGAACUCUAUUAGCCGAUUUCAUUACUGGUACGAUCGGUGUUGUACACUCGCUGCGGUUCACUUUUACGAGAACCUCGCUUUCCACCAUCUUGUGAAUUUCGCACUCCACUGUAUCGCGAAUUGAAAAUGGUAAAGAACGUGCUUUAAGAAACACUGGUUUCGAAUCUUUCUUAAGAUGCAACGCAGCUUGUAUUCCCUCAAUAUUACCCAUUGAUUCCUCGAAGACUGUCGAAAAUUCUUCAAAUAAUUGUUUAACCACGCCGGUUGGAGGUGUGCGCAAGGUGAUCUUGUCCACCGAACUAACAGAGCCCCUCAAAAUCUUAUUCCAGUCUAAGUGUAGCUCUCGCAUCCACUCACGCCCCAGCAACGGGUGCUGCUUAGAGUUGACCACGAACAAACGCAACUUGUUUGUUCGACCUUUGUAAACGAUCUUUGGUUCCACAACACCAAGCACUUCAAUUUUGUUCCCGCAGUAGCUUCGCAAUUCAGUGUCCGUUGGUUGUAUCUUCAUGUCAGUCAAGUAUUUUGUCAUGUCAGUACUACUAAUUAAAGAUACGGGGGAACCACUGUCCACUUUAAACUGGACCAGUGAUUCACCAACCUUGAGGAAAAUUUUAGAUAAAUCUUUGGAGUCAUUUUCAAUCUUACAUACGUCAACAACGUAAACCUGAUCGUUAUCUGUGCAUUCCAGUUCUGAAUCGACACUAUCAUUUAACAGAUUGGUCGAAUAUUUCUUCGAUUUGUUCUUGCUUUUAAAUUUUUGUUUAUGCGGUUCAUUGGUGCUGAGACAUACUCUCUUUAGAUGGCCUACCUUCUUGCACAAACUACAAACUUUAUUUUUAUGUUCACACUUGUCUGCCAAGUGUACCUCACUACCGCACCGAAAACAAAAACACUUGUUAGUAGGGUUAGUUACCUUCUUAGCAGCGGUAACUGCUGCAGUAUCUCGUCGUGAUUGGGAGUUACGGUCCAUCAAGUUGACGUCUUGCAUACGUUGAUUCAGUAAUUCGGCCCCCUCGCCGGAAGCCUCCAUCGAUAGUGCAAUCUGCUUAGCCUUGUCGAAGGUCAAAUUCUUCUCCUCAAUCAACCGGGUGCGAAUACGAUGAUUUUGCAGGCCGAAAACUAACUGAUUUCGCAGUCCUUUCGGAAGAUAUUCACCAAACUCGCAAUACUUCACCUCCCGCUGCAGUGCUGUAAUGAAUUCGGCGAUAGAUUCCCCUUCUCGCUGCAUUCGCUUAUUAAAUUUCCACAACUCUACCAUCUCUAGUGGCUUUGGGUCGAAGUAUUCCCCAAGAAGUGUGACUAUUUCGUUAUAUGUUUUGUUUUCAGGUUCGGUUGGAAAUAAAUUAUCGCAUAGUACGUCGUAUGUUUCUGCGCCCAUGAAAUGGAGUAACAUAUUCUUUCGAUUCGCCUCAGGUAUUCCGAAAAUUAGAAGCGCCCCCUCGAAUCUCUUCACCCAACGAGACCACUUCGAUUUAUUUUUAUCAAAUGUCUCGACCGCAAAACUGGGUGGAAUAGCAGCACUUCGUGUAGCAACAUUUCCUUCGGAUGUCAUUAUGUGUUCCCUGGUGUACACGACACACUUGAAGGUAACUAACACAACAGUGAUAGCAAACAGCAAAACGUACACCGUAGCAGAAGUAAGUGUACGUCAACGUUUUCCUCUGCGAAAACGUAGCAAUGUGUGUGUGUAACUUCACUGGUGAGCCCCAAUUGGGAACGCCUAUCCGGAUCUUUCCUCCUCUUCGUAUGGUGUUUUCAUAGCGUCACAACAGGAACUCUGCCACGAUUACAGCGUCGCCAACCGGAAAAUAUGCAUUUAUUUUUAACGCGGGAUUACUAAUCCGCUCGUCGCCAAUAAAAGCGUCCCACACGUGCUAGUUUAUAACAACGAAUGACAUUUAUUUUGCCUUUUCUCUUCACUAAGCAUAGAGUUGGUUAUGGUAUAGAUUGGUAAUCAUAAGGUGGUUCAUCAGGGGUAUGGCAAAUCAUGACACACGUACUUUGUUUUGGCAGAGUUAACGCUGAGUCCCAACUUCGCCGUUUCCCUCUUUAAAGGCCUGAAGGCCUUCUCCACGACCCUAUGGUCGAUACCGAUGAUAUCGAUGACAUCUGCAAAACUAAAUUUUUGUACUGCACCUUCGAGGGCGAUGUUGAAAAGUAUUUUGGAGAGCGCAUCCCGCUGCUUUAGUCCAUCUAACGUUACAUACGCGACUAAUGUCUCGCCAGCUAUUCGUACGCAUGAUUUGGAUCCCCCCAGCGUCAUACGAAUCAGCUUAAUUAGUUUCGUAAGGAGACCGAGAUUUCAGCAUAAUCUGCAACAGUUAGUUUUUUUCACUGAGUCGUAUAUCGCUUAGAAAUCUACAAACAGAUGGUUAGUCUGCAAGUUAUACUCCCAGAACAUAUCAAGGAUCUGUCGCAGGGUAAAAAUUUGAUCCGAUGUGGAUCGCCCCUGUCGAAAACCAGCCUAAUAUAUACCGACGAAGAAUUCCGUUAACGGUCUCUUUUAAUCCUUAAUCUCUUAAUCCUCAACACGCAUAUACGACGGUCAUUUACGGGCCUCCAUCGGAUGACUCUUGUUUUCUGAUUUCUGAACAUUACGAAACCGACGCCCCGUUCUGCUGUUUUGCCGCCACCGUUAGAUGUGGUACUUAAAAGAGGUGCAAUAAGAUCUACUGCACGGAAUUCCCUUUCUGCGGAGUUUGGCCAUCGAACCUCCUGAAUCGACUCCCUGCCGCGGUAGUUCAAGCCAGCUCGCGCCGGUUCAUUUAGAGAUCGGACGUUCCAAGUCCCCAUUUUUCAAUCUUUUACCAUUUUCUGAUUCCGUGUUCGAAGCCUACCAGGGUCGCGAUACCUACACCCUGCUGAUGAGGCUGCUAUAUUAGGUGUAGCUGGCAGAAUACAGCAUUUCCAUGACUCAGCAGCCCGCUGCGGGCCAGACGCUACUGUAAGCGGCCCCCAACAUAUGGAUACAGCCGCCAAGGUUUUUUUUGUAAGAUUUGGACCACUGCGACCAAUAUUUUGAUCUUUUGUGGUAUACCUCUUCUUCAGUCUAGGUACUCGUGGCAGCCAUAUCACUAUUGAUGGAAGUGAUUGGCAGAGCCUCCCACCUGGUCUCGAGGUACGAUGCUGGCCUAACAAGCCUCUCGUCGUAGGUUCGAGUCUCGGUUCGGGAGUGACUGUUAGUGUCAGUAGAAUCGUAGAGCUAGCCCCGCAAUUGUCCUGUACACUGAACAGUUGGCUGCGAAGUCCGUGGAUAAUUAACAGAAGGUCGAGUUCUGAAUCGGAAUGUAGCACCAAAGCUUUGUUUUAGUGGCAGAGCAAAUGCUCUGCGAUUUCACAUUCGAACGCGCGGAGACGACAAAUUUCGUCAUUUGACUGACCAAUUUGUUCUAGGUGAUGCUUACUUGGACAGUGUCCUAUAAAUAGUCCUGUAAUUGUAUUUAGUUUCUUUUUAUUUAAACUGAGCAAUUGCCGACUUUUCUUCACGCUUGGUUUUAUAAAACGUUUCGACUGGCGUAGCCUUACUGGGCAAAUGCAGUUCUCUUGUAUUGUCCGAUGAUCCCAGGUUUUCAAUUCUGCUUUCGAGGCGCUUGGUGACACCUCAAAGAACGGUUCUGAGCCAAUAAAACCAGUACAUGACCCCUGUCUAGCUCACGUAUCGGCUUUUUCAUUGCCUUCCGCUCCGCAGUGACCAGGAACCCAGUAUAACCAUAUUUGGUUCCUUUCUGACAGUCGUUUCAGUGAAUGGAUGCACUCCCAUACUUGCUUAGAGGUACAUGUGAAGGCUUUUAGUGCGUUAAGUGCUGCUUGGCUAUCAGAAAAGAUGCAUAUGUGUUAGCCAUGCCUGUAUUUCCUCACCAAACAGACUUGUGCACACUCAUGAAACGCAAAUAUUUCGGUCUGAAACACUGUAGGCCAACGACCCAUUGGAAUCCAGAUACUUAUCCCUGGACCAUUUAUACCUGCUCCGUGGAGGGUUACUCGUAUCCCAUUCGGUACCUUGUGGAGGUUGGGAUAGGAGCUGACUUGGCAAAUCUAUGGAUUGUCCCGUAGUUCUGCGGAUGUACACUAUGUGGGUAAAUCCGUCGAGAUGCCUAGAAAUCGUAAAAUCUACGGAAUUACACGAAAUAAUUCUAACAUUUCUGGAAAGGAGUUGCUGGACAGGAGGGUCUCAAGUUACACGUAUCCAGACUUUUACCAAUCAGAUUUUCAUAAGCAAUCGAAAAAAAGGAAAGGAAGAAAGAAUUCAAAAUUCUAAACUAUCGAAAGCUUUGAGAAAAAAAUCAACGAAUCUAGGGUAAUCUAAACAUAUAAGAAUGGAGCUGUGUCUGUCUGUCGGUCUGCCUGAUCCAUAUAGGCUCGGAAACUACUGAACCGAUCGGUGUAAAAUUUUAUAUUUACGGGUUUUAAAGGCCGGGAAAGGUUACUAAGAUAGUUCGAGACCCAUCCUUUUUCUGAAAGGGAGGGGUCCCAUACAAAUGAAACACAAAUUUCGCACAACUCGAGAACCAAUCAAGCAAAUACAACCAAAUUCGGCAGUUGAAUGUUUUUAGACGUAAUAAAUAUGUCCGUGGUGGUUCGACACCCCUCCUUCUUUCGUGAGGUAGGGGUUUUAUAUAAAUAAAAAACCAUAAGUUGUCUCUAAAUGCCAUUUUGAAAUCCAAGACGGCGACUUCCGGUUUCUGAAAAACAGCCGAAAGUGACCAAAUACCAACCAACCUGGGAAUUCAUCGUAAUCGUAAUCGGAAUCGUAAUGAUGCAUUGAAGCCACUAAUCGACCUCAGACACCAUUUUGAAUUCUAAGAUGACGACUUCCGGUGACUGGAAAACCAUCCAAUAUAAAUAUUUGCGGAACCAAAAUGACGCCCAGAGGCCAGAAACUGACUUCGCAAGCACGCAAAAGUUGGAUGGUGCGAAACCAGUACAAAAUUGUGCAUUUUUAGCGCAAUUGUUGAUGUAGUUAGGAACCAGUACAAUGAUUGCGUGUUGGGCAUAACGCAAAUCAUGCGCUAGCGUUUUUUCAAUGUAUUUGGCAGCUCCAAACUACUACCUACACUUUAAAAGUUUCCUUUGGUGUCAUGCGAUUCGCUCGUUGUGCUUGUUUCUCCAUACGCCGGCCGGUGGGAAAGUAAGGAUAGCAAACAGGAGAAUAUCAUGUCGCCUGAGCAGCAGCAGAGGUGUGGUGCGGUGAGAGGGAAAGUGUGGAGGAAGAGACUACAGUAAGAUCCUUUUUACAAGGGGGAUGCGUCCCAAAUUUGUAUGGGAUAGCGUAAAAAAAGACUUUUUUGAGCUGCGAAUAUAACGUAGAUAAAAAAGCAAAAAGAGUGCACCAACACCGAUUCUUUGUUAUUCGCAUACUGACGACGAUGUCGACGCAUCUUAGGCCUGAAACAUGCUGAACGUUAACACGAGCGAUCGGGCGAGAUUCUUGCCGUAGGUUAUUGACCAGCUCCACAUACGGCUGCUCAUUACCCUACGACAAGAGUCUCGCCCGAUCGCUCGCGUUGGCGUUCAGCAUGUUUCAGGCCUUGGGCUUGCUUUAUAUGUAUUCAAAAUCGCUAGAGGUGAUUUUUUUCCCAUCGCUUUCUGAUUUUAACCUAUGUCAAUGUAUUCACAGUACAACUGUACAACAUUUCCCACAAUUAUUGUGCGAUUUCAGUGCAAAAUUUGUGCGAAUCGGGAAGACACAUUGAUUGUACAAGACUUGAACUUCUGCGUGUGCCAUUUUAAAGUCCAAGAUUUCGACUCCCGAUUUCUGGGAAACAGUCUAAAGUCUAAAGUCUAAAUAUGAUUAUUACCAUAAUCUUAAAAUUAACUCGUCGUCACAUUCGCUAACGACUACAAUUUGAAAACUCUUUAGCCUCAAUGAAGAAUAAAAAUUUCGUCUUAUAAUUUGCUAUUUAGGAAAUAACAUACUCAAACACUUUGAAACUUCAUCCUGGAGCCUGUUUCGAGUAUCUCUGGUGUGCAUUGCUUUAGCCUGCCUUUCUCUGAAAGUUCCUUUGCGAAAACAUCGAAUCUAAAAUAAAAAAAACGCAUUCUUCUUCAGGCUGCAAAAACUUUUCUCGUUUCUUUUAUUUCCGCGUUUUUGUAUUUUUUGAAUAGGUAAAAUACAAUACCCAAAACAAUAAAAAUUAAAUCCAAAUUACUCAAAAAACGACUCACCCAAACGAAAUUAUUUAUGUGUACAUAUGUGAUAAACUGGCGUAGAAGCAGUUGACGUUAUAUAAAAAAUUCGUAUAAUAUUUCUUGUGUUUUUUGCUAAUAUGCUUGAAAAAGACCAAUGCAAACCGCAUUAUCUUAUAGCAUUCUCGAUCUUCAUCCGGUGAGCAGUGAACAAUUUUCAACAGAAUUACUAUUUUGGACAUUAGUGCUUUUUUGGCAUAACCAUCAACCCAACAACAAGAUCUAUACAACAACAAAAUUGUCGUUCGGUUUUCGUGAUGCUUACAACAGUUCAGAAGUUCUAUCGAAAGCUCGAAUAACUGACCGUUUUUGAAAUUGAUCAAUCCAGUAUAAUUCGAUUAAAUCAGCUUUGAAACGUAGAGCCUAUGUCGAAGGACAAAACUCUUAUAAUCAAGAAGCUAUCUUCUCUCAUAAAUUGACAUUAUAAACGUCUCAUUGAGUAUAUGCUGCCUUUCCAAGCUAUAAAAUAUAUUGAUCAAAUUCAGUCCUUCACUGAAUUCCAUAUCAACCAUUUGUAACAACAAGUGUACGAAUCGCCUCGAAUGCCUAAUUUGAAAUAACGAUAAUUUCAACUCCGCUUAAAAAUGAUGAUGAAAAAACAAACAGUGACAUCUCCUAACUUACGAGCCAAACAAAAUAAGCAAACACUUCGCUCACUGUAAGAGAAAUCGAAUUUCUAUUAGCGUGGACCUCUCGAAAAGUAUGAUGAUAGUUUAUUGCUAAAAUACACCACAUUAUUGUGAUAUUUUGUAGAAUAUUUUAACCAGCGUGGAUUGAUAUCAUGAACCGCCGCUAAAAGAAUGCUGUAGAUUAGCGAAAACUACAUGAUGCUGUAGCGUACCUUAGAAAGCUCGAGUUUUUUGUAGCGAAACACGUGAACGGUUUCUUUCCCACUUCAACACUAACACGGUAUGUUUUGCUAUUUUCCUGAGUGAAACUGUUUUCGCUCGAUUUUUUCAAAACACAUUGCUAUCUCUCUGUAUUCUCUGAUUUAAAGUGCCUUGUGAAAUCCACUCUAACGAUAACUUCUUUUCAAUGCAUAUUACGAUGAAGUCUGAUUUUCGACAAACCCACCUAACCAAAAUUGCGUCCUAGCUUUCUUCCACAGUGCUUCUGCACCUGUAAGCAUUAUCUCUGCUCUUGAACGCUUCCUCUAUCCCCGCUACUUACUUAAAUCCUAACGCGAAACUAAAAUUUAAUCUCCUUUAAAUAUGAGCAGGAUAUGCCGACAUACACAUACAUGAAGAAAAACCUAGCAGGCUGUGCAUGCUGAGUAGGCUUAGAGUCCGUGGUGGGCCACAUUCCGAUGGUCGAAUUCGAAGCUAAAUCCGCACAUACCAGAAGCGGACCAACAAAGAUUUCAGUUGCCGGAACGUUAUACUCUCCAAAAUAAAAACGAUAGUUUUUGCAAGAUUUUAGAUAAACUAGGGUAAAACUUAAGGUUAACAUUUUCCAAGAAAUUUCUGAACAAAAAAAAUCUAAAUCAAGAUAUAGUGUACUUAAGAAUGGUGUUACUGUCACUGCAUCACGAAAGGUUUUCCAACGGUAUUGGAAACAUGAAUGUAUGCAAGCAAAAAUGAAAGGCCAAGAAAUCGUCGAAAAUGUACUACAACCGAAAGGGUAGGAAAAUAGCACAACGUUGAUAUUAUAAUUUUCAACCACACUGCUGCGUUAAACUACAAACGUAUGGCCAAAACUUGUACUGUUGAGUAUAUACCAUUCGCUAAUAAACACCGGUUUCUGCUGAACUCCAUUGAUAAUACCACUAGCAUGAAGGCAUUAAAGAGCAUAACAUUGCUGAACGAAACAAAUUACUAUUACCACAACCAAAAAAAAUAUGUAAAAAGCUAAACCAACUGCAAAAGAGAAGAUCAUUAUUUCUAUAAAUAAUAGGAGAAGAAACGAACAAAAGUCUUGGUAAAAUUGCUUUAAAUAACGUAACUGAGGAAACUAUUCUCUUUGGAGUUUGAACGGAGGGUCAACUAUAACUAGAAGUGCGGGGCAGCUGUGCAAAGUCAUCAGAUUUUACCAAUUUUUAACCAAUAAAAUGUUACCAAUGAAUAUCCUGCAAAAAAUCAUCAGUUUUAAUCAUUUGCAAAAGACCAGAUACAGCCGAAAUUGUGACAUUAUUUUAUGACGUUCAGUCACAAAUCAUAACUUCAAAACGAAGACUGUCUUCACUAUAACAAUCGGAAUCAAAAUACACACAAAGAAAACGUCAAUUUGCGAGUUAGACUUAUUUUAGCGUACGCUUAAAUUUAUUAUUUGCAAAUUAACGCAAACUUACUUCAUACUCUGCAGUUUCGAAGAAAAAAGUUGAACCACCGUUCAAGUCUCCACGGGAGGAAAAAACUAGGUCGUUCCUGAAAUAAAAGAUGAGAUAUUGAUUAAGCUAAGUUAUUCGUAGACAUAGUAGAACGUAAUCGUUAGGCAAAUUCUAAGCAUAUAACCAGCACAAAACGAAGAGCCGAACUUAUUCUACCUGGAACUUUCCCAACGUUGUCGAAUGAUCAUCUGUCAUGUUUACCGUUAUAUCAUAAAACCUGAAAUAUUCGAAGCUUUAAUAGAAGAAUCGAAUACCCAGGAACACGAAUCCGGAACAAUUAUUUCACUUCGCUUAUCCAACAACCCAGAAACAAAACAAACAGCGCUGACAAAUGGGCAUAACAUCACAGGAAAGCACUAUAUUUUUAUCAUUCAAUAGUUGAAACUUCACCUGCUUCAGUUAUGGUUUCAAAACAUUUGAAUGUUACCUUUCGAUCACUAAUUAAGGUAUUAAUGAUACAUUAGUAAAACCCUGAUGUCGGUUCUUUCAAAUUUGAUUUUUAAAUAUAAAACAAUGCUUUUUCAUGCAUUUUCUCAGCAGAAUGUUCCAGUAUAUAUCUAAAUCAGUUGGAGGUCCCCUUUUUUUCGAAUACAGUGUAGUAAAUUAUAGAUCUACUGAGAUUUUCAUCAAAUUCGAUAAAGUAGCCUUAAACAUUUAAAUUAGAUUAUAAACUUAUAUAUAGAAGAAGAAUCCACACAAAUAAUUCUGAUCGAUAUAUUGAGGUGAAAGUAUAACUUUCGAAAGUUCGUUUAACAUUUCUCAAAUUUUAAAAACAUAUACAAAAUUUUAACUUAUUUAUAUAUGGAACAAGUUGAAUUGGAUAUAAACUAAACGUUUUCAAUAUGGCUGAUAUUUUUAGAAAUUACACGAUAGUUAUAUCAUAAGCUAUUCGAAUAGCGGAAACCAGUGCGAAAAUACGUUACACGAAAUCUAACCAUGUUGAGAACUCGUUCGGAUCUUCUAUAACCUGAAAAGGAUUCUAAGCAACAAGCAUGUAACAAAUGUAGUUAUCAAAAUACUCUGUUUAGCUGUUUUAUACACAACCUCCCAACUAGGCAAGUAUCUAAAAUUCGUUUUUUCCCUAAACAUCUAUUCCAUUUAUUUAGCUAAUAACCUACAAAAAACCUCUAAAUAUAAACAAAUCAUACUCUCAAACAAGUUCAAUCCUUUAUAGUGUAAAUGGAAAAUCCCGGCAUAAAUUAAGGCAUCAUAGAAAAUCGAAGAAAAAAAAACAAACGACUUAACAAAUGCAACAUUACAACAGAACGAAGCAAGAACACAGAAGAACAGCUAUAAAACCAAUGACCAAUUUCUUACGAGUGUUAUAAAAAUUAAAAGAAAAUUUUAUACUGGUAUAUAUCGCAACAACUAGGUUCCGGCAAAAUGAAACAUUUUCUUCUAUUUACGUGUUUAUUUAGCGUAAUUAGUUACAAGUUGACGAAAAAAACAACAAACACACGAAUGAAAAAAAAAAUGCGAAAAAGUAAACUGGAAAGAUAAAGUAUCAAACAUAGCAAAUCAAUAAAGACAAAUUUAAAGUAACCUAGAAAAUAAAUAACAGCAACACGAUUAUGAUAUCACUGUAGAACGUGUAGGGUCGUCUCCAAGCCAGCUGUAAAUAAAUAGUACUCCCAUUCAUCACAAGCAAAAUACAAUGAAGUCCAACGUCACCACCCGGCGGUGGUGUAGGAUUAAUGCGAUACAGGAUCCAAAGUAGAACUUUACAGUCAGAGUUUAGUUGGUUUAUAUUGCUAUUACUUUAUUCGAAUAAUUUUGUAUGCAUAAAAAUAUCGUUCAGCCUAUUGUAUAUACUGUUAUAUAGUUUUAAAUAAAACAAUAAAAAUAAA